CUUUAUCGAAACGAGCUGGCAAUCUGCGCUCAGCGGUGGCUCCAACGGUGCUGCCAUCUUUGGAGCUUGGGCCUCAUCAUAUUUUGCUGAUCUGAUUGGCUUCAAACCCGUCAUUCUGAUUGCAGCUGCCAUCAACAUUGGAUCGGUUGGCGUUGAAUUUGCGUCUACAUCGAUCGAGAUGUUCUUUGCUGGCAAGAUGGUCAACUUUGUCGCAAUUGGCGCGUUCCAGAACCUCUGCACAGCAUACGUAGCUGAUGUCUCACCACUGGCCAUUCGAUCUACAACAAUUGGAUUCUGUAACCUUGCUCAAUGCAUUGGUCCCUUUAUCUCAGCCAUCCUCUCCAACUUCAGCUCUCAAUGGGAAUCCAACUGGUCCUGGCAGUCUCUCAUCGUUGCUCAAUGGGGUUUUGCUGGUGUCGCUUUGAUCGGACAGCUCUUCAUGCCUGAGAGUCCUGUCUACCUGGUCCGCAAGGGCAAGAUGGAAAAGGCCCGCAUGGCUCUUGAGCGCAUGUACUCGGACCCUGAAGACGCCUCUGGCCAUCUUGAACGUAUCAAGUUGACUCUCGAAGAAGCUGACUCACAGAAUCUUGGCUCGUACCUUGAUUGCUUCAAGGGCACCAAUCUUCGACGAUCUCUUAUCGCCAUCAUGGUGUUCCUUUCUGAGCCCAUGUCCGGUCUUGGGUUUGUCUCCAAUUAUGGCGCCCUUAUGUACCAGUACCUUGGAAUCAGCGACAAGAAGUCCUUCGAGAUUCAGAUCGGCGCUCAAAUUCUCUCCAUGUCCGGUGCGACCAUCGCUUUCCUCGUUGGCGACUUUUAUGGACGUCGACCCAUGUACCUGGCUGGAUGCAUUGGCCUCUCCCUGCUUCUCAUUUGCAUGGGAAUCUCUGGUUCGGUCAAUACCACCGCUGCUGUGACGGCCUCUGUUGGCUUUUACACCAUGUACAACUUUUUCUACAAUGUCGGUGUUGGGUCAACUGUGUACACCCUUGCAGGAGAGAUCCCCACGUCCGUCCUUCGUACCAAGACCCUUGCCAUCUCAAUCUCCAUCUCGUCAGCUGUCAACACCAUGUGGUCAUUCGUCGCCCCCUACAUGUUCAACCCUGGUUAUGGCAAUCUCAAGGCAAAGAUUGGCUUUGUAUACGGUGCUUUCAUGGUUAUCUUUGCUGUCAUGGCAUUCUUCUUUGUCCCCGAAACUCGCAUGCGAAGUUACGAGGAGCUGGACGAGCUCUUCAUGAACAAAGUGCCAACCCGUCAGUUCCGCACAUAUGUCACUCUUGCUGAGCGUCGCGCCGAGGAAGCUUAUGCAAUUGAGCAUGGGAUUAAGGAUACUGUUAAGGAUGUUUGAGACGAUCUAUCUAUAUUGGAUUUUAAAGGCGACGUAAUGCCUCAGCUGUGUUGGGAUCUCAUUGCUCCAAGUUCACGGUUAUAACUUGUCAUAGUCAGAUCUAUUAG